ACCGCCGGGAUCUGCUGACCAGCGGCCUCUGCCUCGUUCACCAACAACACCGUACCCGCCAGUUUCCAUGGAAAAGGCAGCCUAUAUAGCUUCCAAGCUCUCGGACCAGCCGAACCUACCGUCGAUCUCAACAAUUCGUCUCGAUCUAUUGCCGCCAAACACGAGGAAGCCUUUCGUUCUGCGCGAAGGUUUUGGGACUCGAUCAUGGCGGUUUCCUCCAUUAGCUGCUCGCUCAAGCCUCCAUCUCCCGUCAAAGAAGCCAGCGCUCGCCUGCAACCGCCGCCACCAGCCACGGGCACACCGUGGUCGGGCGGGCUGCGCCGGGCGUGCGUGGCGGCCGCCGCGAGCGUCGUGAUCGCGACGGCGGGGGCCGGCGGCGACGCGGCCCUCGCGUGGGAUGGGGCGGCCGUCCCCAGGAUCGCCGGCGACGACGCCGUGGCCGUGGACGCGCGGGCGCCGCCGCGGUGGAGCGACCGCAGGGAGUGCCCGCCGUGGCGCGCCAACUCGCUGGAGAACAUCGUGCCGGAGAACCUGCCCCGCCCGUCGGCCCGCCGCAGGUUCAACAGCAUCAGGGCGCCGGACAGGGCCCCCGCCCUCGCGCCCGAAGCGGUGGCGCCCUUCCUGGCGCAGCACUCUGGCCUGGGCUGCUUCUCCCUCUAGGCAAGUAGCUGACCCGACCACACCGCAACCGCAAAUCCAUCCCGCAGCUGCAUUUCUAGAAUUCUUGUUGUAUUUGUAAUUGGAAAGUGGGAUGAUUAGCUUAGCGAAAGGGGUGCUUGAAAAAGGAUCUGAAUCCAAGAAAAUUGUAUUGAUUCAUGUAGAUUUUAGAAGAAAUUAUUCGUGUGUUACGUUUCCUUCA